AGCAGAGGAGGACCCAGAGGAAGCCUCUCUAGCAGAGAUGGGCAGCAGCUCCCUUUGGGACUUGGUUCAGCACCAGAGGCUCCUCCUCAUGAUGUUCGUCCUAGGAAUUGGUGGGUCACUCCAGGCUGGCUUUCAAGGGUCCAUGAUCACCUACACCUCUCUGCACGUGAAAACAUUCAUCAAUGAGAGCUGGCUGGAGCGGUCCGGGAUGCCUGUCCACCCUGAAAGCCUCACAUUAUUCUGGGCCUCAAUUGUGUCCAUCUUUUCCCUAGGGGGCCUCCUGGGCACUAUGGCCAGCGGGUACUUUACAACAAAGUUCGGGAAAAAGAAAUGCCUCUUGGGCACCAACCUCAUCAUGCUGUUGGGGGCUGUCCUCAUGGGCUUCAGCAAGGUGGCCAACUCCUUUGAGCUGAUCCUGGCAGGUCGCUUCCUGUGUGGCAUCAGCACCAGUAUCUGUGUCCUUCUCCACCCUCAGUAUGUCGGGGAAAUUUCCCCCAAGAAGCUCCGUGGAUUUGCAAAUUCAACUGCCUCCAUCUUCUGGAGCCUGGGGAAAGUCCUGGGUCAGGUGAUGGGGCAAAGAGAGUUCCUAGGAAACGCUUCGCUGUGGCCGCUGCUGCUGGCCUCCCACGGCGUGACUGCCCUGCUCCAGCUGCUGACUCUGCCCUUCUUCCCCGAGUCCCCACCUCACCUGUUCCUGAGCAAAGGGGAUGAGGAAGGAUGCCGAAAAGCCAUGAAGACCCUCUGGGGGCGAGGGCCUCACCAGGUGGAGCUGGACGACCUGAAGAAGCAGCAGUCUGCCUUGUGGAGCACCAAGAGUGUCUUGGAAGUGAUGAAGGAUCCGGCCCUGCGCCGGCAGCUGUACAUCCUUUUCCUGUUGGCUGUGACCCUACAGUUGACCGGCAUCCACACAAUUUACAGCUACACGUUUGAAGUCCUGCAGACGGUUGGUUUCGACGACGACCACAUCCCAGCCUUGUCUUUGGGGAUCAGCCUCAGCGAGCUCCUCUCUGCCGUCUUCUGUAGUGUCAUCAUUGAGCGUUUUGGAAGAAGAAUACUGCUCUGGGGAGGUUAUGGACUGAUGGCCACAGUGCUGGCUGCUGUCACGCUGACCAUCUCCUUGCAGCAUUCCUUCUCCUGGAUGCCCUACUGCAGCCUUGCCCUGAUAUUCUGCUUUGUGAUCUGUUUUGGAGCCGGCCCAGCCGGGGCCGGGGCGUCUGUGAGGAUGGAGAUCUUCGACCAGUCCUCCAGGUCGUCUUCCUACGUGAUCAGUGGAGUCUUAAACUGGAUCGGAUUCUUCUCUAUAGGAAUGGUGUUCCCAUUUGUCGUGGAACGCAUUCAUCAGUUCAGCUUCCUCAUCUUCAUGGGCACUCUCUACAUUUCCGCAAUCGUUAUUUACUUCAUCCUGCCGGAGACCAAGGGGAAAUCGAUCCUAGAAAUCCGAGAAGAGUUUGAUAAACUCAAUUUUAAGAAGAAGCAGGCUCUUGGCUCAGAAACGAGCUUCGCAGGAGACCCUGUGCUCUGCACCAAGCUAUGAUGGAGCUCUCGGGGAUAAGGAGGUCAGAAGAACUCUGCAGGUGAAUCAGGCCCACUUAGCUCCAGCUUCCUGCUCCUAAUCUAGAUGCCCACACCCAGGGCCUGAGUCCAUCCGCCUUGCCCACUGGUGCUCCCCAGCCACUCGCUUUCCCUUCAGAGGCAAACUGCCCUUGUGCCUGCUUAGAAGCAAAGCCUCAAAAAGGUUUGGGGAGAUAUUCAUAAUUAUGAAC